AUGGCCUUGGUGAUGGCUUCUUCUAAUCUGGCCACGGCCGUCGACAAAGGCCUCCUAGUGAGGCCUUCUGGCGUCAGCGGCAUCAUGAACUCCAUAUUCGUUUCCACUGCGACCAAGGCAUCGAGGAUGCUCGUGGCUGCUGCCUCGGCGGCGGUGGCCACCGGAGAAGGGGAGAGGUGGCGGCCCAUGAACACCGUGCGUUACCUGGUGAUGCUAACUAUAUGGGCUAACGUCUGGGUGCUUCGGAUCAUAACCGAUAUCUUCCCUCCUUCACCUGCUGUUCUUUCCCUGCUGGAUUUUGGUGUUGAAGGAUUGAUUCACAAGAAGCCGUCCUCCUCCUCUACGGCCAUUGUUUUGCAUGGAGGAAGUGGGAGUGUACUCGGCGCCAACUCUACAGCUAUAGGGAGAGCCCUAUCGCAUAUCUUGCUGAUCCUGAAUGACCUCCCCUUCACGUCAAGAAACUACGAGUUCGUGCUGGCUGCGGCGGACAGAGUGCUGAACGAGAACGUCCAGCUGGGGCACUCGGAACUCCUGGAGGUCAACCGGGCCGUCCUCGCCUCCGCCUUCUCCCGCACCAGCGAGCUCCUCCGUCGCGCCCUCCAACGAUCCUCCUCCAUCACCGGCACCUGGCCGUCGCGCGUCCUCAGCCUCCUCCCGCUCGGCCCCCUCCUCGCCACCUUGUACGACGGCCUCCGCCUCUGCCUCGGCGGCCUCCUCCCGUCCGCCGCCGUCGGCGCUCUCCGGCCGUACAAGCCCCACCUGCUGGUGGCGCCGAGCACGAACGAGUGGGUGGAGGCGGAGAAGCUGGCGCACGAGAUGCUGUGGAUCACGAACAAGCUGAGAGCUAGCUCGGCCGUCGGAGAGGCGAUCGUGCGCUGGGCCUUCGCGUCCGGGCUGGCGUCGCUCUCUUUGACCGCUCAUCCCAGGGUUCAGGGUCCGAUAGUCAAGAUCACUGUCGUAUUGCUACGGGAGCUGGCACGUGGGGAGUGGGAGACAGCGAGGGAGGUCAGAUUCGGGAUAUUGGCGUUGUGGAUGCCACUGCUCUGCCAUGCGAGCCACGGGGUAACGAGCCCGGUGCUUACAGGGAUGGAAAAGUGGGAGAUGGAAAGGGUAAUCGAAGACCUCGUCAUCGGCCUGCCAUGGGAGGACCAGGAGAUCAUCCUUCGCAACUGGCUCGAGGAUUUCUCCGCCUCCGACUCCGAUUGGCCCAACCUCUCGAGGCCAUUUGACCGGUGGUGCCGGUACACGCGCAAGCUACUUUGUUGA